UGUCAAUGUGUCAAGUUCGGAAUUCCAGAUGGAAUUUGUUGACUACUGAAAUAUGAUAUUAUGAGUUAAAAUAUUAAUAAAUACACAUCUCACUGGAUUUCUUUAGUAGUUUAGAACAGUGUACUACCACAUAUUUAUGUAACAAUCGGUGAAAUUUAAGCGCGGCGUGACAUAACCUAUAUGGCGCAAAAUGUCUUUCCUAAAUGGACACAGUUAUGAGCAUAACCAGCAAAAUAUAGAGAGAAGACCUCCAAACUACACUAUAAAACAGGCUUAUGAUCAUGGCGGUCUCCGCGCGGGCGCAUCUCGUGCGGCGCGGCUGGCGUACGGCGUGCUCUCGCGCCGCAAAGCCGCCGAAGAGGGCGUGGCGCGGCUGGCGCGCGUGCUGUCGGCGCUCGACCUGACCGCGCUGGGAGUGGGCAGCACGCUGGGAGUGGGAGUGUACGUGCUGGCGGGCGAUGUGGCCAAGAACUACGCUGGGCCAGCUGUCAUAUUGAGCUUCCUGCUGGCUGCUGUAGCUAGUGUAUUCGCUGGUCUGUGCUACGCGGAGUUCGGCGCGCGCGUGCCGAAGGCGGGGUCGGCGUACGUGUACAGCUACGUGUGCGUCGGAGAGUUCAUGGCCUUCCUCAUCGGGUGGAACCUCAUACUGGAGUAUAUCAUCGGUGCGGCGUCAGUAGUCAAAGCUCUAUCGGAGUACUUAGACUCUUUAUGUGGUAAGGCGAUAUCGGGUCAGCUGCGGGAGUGGAUGCCGAUGGAUGUGCCCCACUUGGCGCAGUACCCCGAUUUGCUCGCCUUCACUGUCAUCAUGGCUUUUUCUGUGGCGCUUGCGUUUGGCGUGAAGGAGUCUACGAAGUUCAACAACGUGUGCACCGGCGUCAACCUGUGUGUCGUGCUCUUCGUCAUCAUCUCCGGCUCGUUCAAAGCCGAUACAGCGAACUGGCGCAUUCCUGCGUCCGAAGUGCCAAAAACCGAAGGCCGAGACUUCGGCUCCGGAGGCUUCGCCCCGUACGGCAUCGCUGGUAUCAUCAAGGGUGCUGCUGUCUGCUUCUAUGGGUUUAUUGGUUUCGACUGCGUGGCGACAGCGGGUGAGGAGGCGCGUCGGCCGCAGAAGUCGAUUCCGUUCGCCGUGGUCGCGUCGCUGCUGGUGGUGUUCCUCGCCUACUGCGGCGUCUCCUCCGUGCUCACGCUCAUGCUGCCCUACUACAUGCAGGACGAGAAGGCACCGUUCCCGUUCGUAUACGACCAGCUGGGCUGGGACUGGGCCAAGUACGCCGUCAGCGUCGGCGCCGUCUGCGCGCUCUGCUCCAGCCUUUUAGGCGCUGUGUUCCCUCUCCCUCGUAUCAUCUACGCGAUGUCGGCGGACGGUCUGCUGUUCGGGUGGCUGGGCCGCGUGGACGAGCGCACGCAGACGCCGCUCGUCGGCACCGUGGUCGCCGGCCUGUUCACCGGCACUCUGGCGAUGAUCUUCGAGCUGGAGCAGCUGAUCCACAUGAUGUCGAUCGGCACGCUGCUGGCGUACUCCAUGGUCGCCGCCUGCGUGCUCAUACUGAGGUAUGAGCGUACAGGCGCGACGCGUACAAACGACGUGCCGCUGACGGCGCGGUCGGCACUCCGGCUGCUGGUGAACGCGGACGCCGCGGCCACGCCCACACCGCGCUCCGCACGCACCGUCACGCUGCUCGUCACACUAUACGGUGUGUGGUGCAUGAUGAUGAUGAACGCGAUCGACUCCCACGGCGAUAAGAUCCUGUCCGGCGCGGCGUGGCCGACCGCGGUGAUGGCGCUGGGGCUGGUGCUGGUCAUCGGCACGCUGUACUGCAUCUCCCGCCAGCCCGUGUCAGAGAAGAAGCUGGCGUUCUCGGUGCCGCUGGUGCCUUGGCUGCCGGGGCUGAGCAUCCUGAUCAACGUAUACCUCAUGCUGAACCUCGACUACAUGACCUGGGUGCGCUUCAGUAUCUGGAUAGCGGCAGGUCUGCUGAUUUACUUCACGUACGGGGCGUGGCACAGCGCGGAGCGUCGUCGCACGCGAUUGGACGAGCCCGCGGAGCAACACGCUGACAGCCAUACCGCUCUACUGGCGGCCGCGCACGCACUCGGCUGACCCCUCCCACAAGCCAUCCUGCCGUCAGGCCCGAUUCCGACUGAGGAUGAGGUACGGCACAGGGAUGCACUAAGCCCUACACCUACUGUUAUAUCGUUUAUAUCAAGUAUCUAGAUUUUAGUAGCGCAUUAGAUAUCAUGGUGAUGCGGUUGUCCUUUUGAUACAUUCAAUAGUUGUUUAUCCAAUAUGAUAAUAAUUAGACGUAUAAUGAAAACUUUUAAAAAUAAGUUGACGAAAGUUCCUUUUUUAAUGUAGGUAACUUAAUUAUUUAUAA